CCGGGCAGGAAUCGGAAGCCGGAGCGGUCCGUAAAGGCGACGAACGCCGCUCCCGGGGCUCUCGGUCCGCGCAGCUGCUGUCCGUUGGGUGCCGACCCGGUCUCGCCCUCGCCAUGGCCCUCAGCGACGCCGACGUGCAGAAGCAGAUUAAGCAUAUGAUGGCUUUCAUCGAGCAAGAAGCCAAUGAGAAAGCAGAAGAAAUAGAUGCAAAGGCCGAGGAGGAGUUCAACAUUGAGAAAGGGCGUCUUGUGCAAACGCAGAGACUGAAGAUUAUGGAAUACUAUGAGAAGAAGGAAAAACAGAUUGAGCAGCAGAAGAAAAUUCAGAUGUCCAACCUGAUGAACCAAGCGAGGCUGAAAGUCCUCAGAGCGAGAGAUGACCUCAUCACGGAUCUUCUGAAUGAAGCAAAGCAGAGACUCAGCAAGGUGGUAAAAGAUACAACGAGGUACCAGGUGCUGCUCGAUGGAUUGGUCCUCCAGGGUUUGUAUCAGUUGCUGGAGCCCCGAAUGAUUGUUCGCUGCAGGAAACAAGAUUUUCCUCUGGUAAAGGCUGCCGUGCAGAAGGCGAUUCCUAUGUACAAGAUCGCCACCAAAAAAGACGUGGACGUGCAGAUCGAUCAGGAAGCCUACCUGCCGGAGGACAUAGCUGGUGGAGUUGAGAUCUAUAACGGCGAUCGUAAAAUAAAAGUUUCCAACACCCUAGAAAGCCGGCUGGACCUCAUAGCCCAGCAGAUGAUGCCGGAAGUGCGGGGAGCUUUGUUUGGUGCAAAUGCCAACAGGAAGUUUAUGGACUAAGCCUUCGGGAGGUGCAGUACACCCACUGUUCCAUGACUACGAUACAGAAGUUUCUGGUAUUUGAAGAAACAAGAUUAUCCAUGUA